UCUUAAUUUGAUAAGAUUAAAUUGCUGCGGUGGAGCAGACAACAGCAGCAGCAUUUACUUCAGUGUAUUGUCCAUGCACUAAAGCACGUUAAAAAAAAAAAAAAAAAAUCUAUUUUAUAGUUUCGUGCAUCCAAACUUUGACCUCCUAAUUCCACCCUGAGACGGAUGUGCAUCUUCCAGGAGAGGACAUGUACCAGCCGGGCAUCAUGACCACCAACCACGGACACCCUUCCUACGAGGCCGGCUUCCUGCACAGCUCCUCGGGUGCCUCUCCGGUCUACGUGCCCACCACCAGGGUCGUCACCCCGAUGAUCCCUACCCUGCCCUACCUGCAGACGCCCGGGGCGUCGCAGACCAGCACGCCGGCGUCGACUCACUCUGCCUGGGCUCAACCGGGCGCCGAGUCGGUGUCAUCGUAUAACCACUCCCCGGUGUCUCCGCGUUUCGGCUUCUCCGCAAGCCCCCCGGCCAGGGAGCAGGUGGCAGCGGCCUCCUACAGCGGCCCGCUGGGCAUCCCUGCGAACGGGAGAGAGCACUACGGCGCCCGGGGCCUCGGCGGAUCGUACCACAGCCCUUACCCGGCCUACAUGAGCCCGAACGUGGGCGGAACGUGGUCGGCGUCACCCUUCGAUAGCCCGGUGCUGCACGGCCUGCAGAACGGGUGUCCCACUGGCGCAACGCGGCACCCAAAUAUAGAUCUAUUUGACGACUUCGCCGAGGGCCGAGAAUGUGUCAACUGUGGCGCCAUGUCCACGCCGUUGUGGAGGCGGGACGGCACGGGCCACUACCUGUGCAACGCCUGUGGACUCUACCACAAGAUGAACGGCAUCAACAGACCUCUCAUCAAACCCCAGAGACGACUGUCGGCCUCCAGGAGGGUUGGCCUUUCGUGCACCAACUGUCACACCACCACCACCACCCUCUGGCGACGAAACGCAGAGGGAGAGCCCGUCUGCAACGCCUGUGGCCUAUACAUGAAACUCCACGGGGUCGCACGACCUCUGGCUAUGAAGAAAGAGGGGAUCCAGACCCGCAAACGCAAACCCAAGAACCUGAGCAAGACCCAAACUGGGGGUCCAGGCAGCGAGGGGACUCCAAUGACACCAACAAGCAGCACUCACCGGGCCUCCAUCACCUCCUCCUCGUCCUCCAGCGCCCCCUCCAUGUCAGAGGAGGCCCGGCAGAUUAAGACGGAACCGGACACACCCAGAUUGUACACGCACAACGGCAUGCACACACAGAUCUCAGCUCUGCCGGCCUACGUGGCAGCUCAAGGGGGGGCUCUUCCCCUGAAAAUGUCCCCAGGGGGGCACGGCGGUUCGUCAGGCUCAAAAGCCGAGCCGUGGAAUAACCUCAUCCUGGCAUAGAACCCGGCAGAUCCCUCACAGGACAAAUGAAGAGCAGAAAGAACAUUUUCCAUGAUGUAAAAAUCAAGUUGUGUCACUCCCGCCUGCUCUACUUGACUUAGAUAUCUUACAGUUGAUUUUAUGCUCAAUAUGUGACACCAAAAAAGGUCAGAGUUCAAUAUACGCGUCAGUAUUGACACAGCGUCUACUCCUGAAUUGAUAACAUCAGCAGCCAGUGCAGUUGCACAAUGCAAACAGUAACGGGGACGGUGUGGGCAAGUGGCUUCCUCUGCUGGAUGCACUGUAGAUUUCACCCACACGAAACACGUUAACCUGACCCUGUUUGAAAAAAACCCCAAACAACUGACUUAUUUGAAGAUUUAGGCUUUGUGGUGGGGAAAAGGGCGUAUUAUGCUUAAAUUAUGGCAAAUUAUAGCAUUAUUUUUAUUAUAACAGCCACCAUGUUUAUUUAUGGAUGUACAGUGAAGCCCAAAGUUUCAUAUCCUUUGCAUCCAAUUUAAUUCUAAUGUGGAUCAUGCGUAUCUUUUAGCUUGAAAUGACACAUGAAAGUGGACCAAAAGCAUUUGUGUUAUCAGAUAUGCAUUUUUAAAUAGCUCUUUUGAUUUAAAACGCCAAUAUCCAAGAUGUUUUAUGCGCUUUCUCUUUUCAUGUAUAAGUUUAUAGCGCAUUAGUAUACUCUGGAUCUGGGUUCUUAAGUUAAAGUACCACCGACUUACACAAUAUGUGUCAUAUUUGUAAGCAGAGGUUUUUGCUACCAUCGCUUACAUGAAGGUAUAGCUUCAAACAUGCGUCUCUUAUAUGGUUUUUAUUUAUAACAAUCUCUCUGAUGUUCUCGGGUACAUUGGUAUUAUCUCGGGUACUGUGUGCCACGAGUGGUAUUCCUACCCGUUUCAAGAUUAUUCUAAAAUGAUCAUUUGAGUUGCUAGAAAAUUAAUGGAAUAUCUAAAUAAUUAAGACAACAUUUGCAUACUUAUUACAAUUUAACUCAAACUUUGACAAGAGUAGGAAUUAUUUUCUGCUUCACUUGUAUCAUUUUCUACUGUCUGGAGAGAAAAAAGGCUGCUGCUCCCUCUCACUAUCCAUAUCCUCACUGCAAAUCUCUGUUCAUAUUUAUUUCUAAAGGCGCAACAGCUACAGACAUUAAGUUCUAUUUCAUUCUGUGUAACUUUCAUUUUAGGGGAUGUGUGUCAUGUCUGUACAGUAUUUUUUGUGUAAAUGUGUUAUAUUGUGCUGCGUUUAAAUACCUAUUUGCAACUUUAUAUACAUAUAUGUAAAGGCUCUCCACUCCAGUAUAAUUGUGUAAUUCACUUAUUAGUGCUAUACAGUAUUGCAUUAAGAUGCACGAACGUGAUACUACCUAAUAUACCUUCUCUGGUGCCGCUGGGGCUCUUAACAGGCCACCCAAUGGUACACGAUGCAAAUGGUGUACAAGUGGAAAUGUACAUUUGUGUUUAAUAAAGGGAAGGUAAACGCA